UAUAUACAUACAUAUUAUAGAGAUACAGUAGUUAUGACAGACUUCAAGGUCAUCAGAACAAGUGACCGUGUGUUGGUCAUCCCAGCCGACCCUGAAACUCUACCUUAUCCAAUUGCUUUCGAUUGUAACACUGGAGUAUGCCAACGAUUGGAACAGGGCUACUUUGAUAGAGCAGAGGGCGAGAAGGUAGCCACAACAGAGCCAUUCAAGGCUUCUUGUCUAUUGGGCACGAUACAGUUGUUCUCAGGUCGCUACCUCAUGGUGGCCACAAAGACAAAGCGCGUCGCCGUGUUGCCAAAGGACCAGCACAGCGUGUUCCGCGUGGACAAAGCCACUCUGAUACCAUUUGCACUGGACCAGCUCAGUAGACUGACAUCGGCAGCAAGGAGGACUGAGGAGCAGGCUUACUUGGACAUGUUUGAAUGGAUGCUCAAUGGCGUGGCCGCCUUCUACUUCUCCUUCGAGAUGGACAUCACACAUACACGACAGCGCGCUUUGUUGCGACCGACGCAGCCAGACGCCCGCUUCUUCUGGAACCAGCAGUAUGUGCAGGAGCUGAUCGAUGGCAACUGCUCCGACUGGGUCGUCCCCAUCACCAUGGGCUUUGUCCAACAGAAGCUGUUUGCGCACGACGAGAAGUACUAUCGAUUGACUUUGAUGUCUCGCCGUAACAUGGUGCGCGCCGGAACACGAUACUUUAUGCGCGGUGCCGACAACAAGGGCAACGUGGCCAACUACGUGGAGACCGAGCAGAUCUUUGAGCAGCACAAGCCCGAUUCCGAUGACCCGACCUACACCGCCUUUGUCCAGGUGCGCGGCUCAAUCCCCGUGCUCUGGUCACAGUAUCCCGAUCUCAACUAUAAGAUCCGCGUCAAGUUCAAUGGAAACGAUGCCGAGCACUUCCACGCAGUGCGCGAACACUUUGUCGCUCUACAGGAUCUCUAUCGCGACACCACUGCCGUCAACCUGGUCAACAAGCGUGGCGACGAGGGACGUCUGGGCGAGUCGUACCAGAAGCAUGUUCAGCGCCUGUCCACCGACACCCGUUACAUCUGGUUCGACUUCAACGCGGAAUGCAAGCACACGCACAUGGACAAGCUGUCACAGCUACUGGACAAGACCAAGGAUAGUCUGACACGUGAUGGAUUCCUGCAUGUGAGCGAGGGCAAGGUCAUCGCCAUGCAAAAAGGCAUCGUUCGCACCAACUGCAUCGACAACCUCGAUCGUACCAAUGUUGUCCAGACUCUCUUUGCCCUGCGCAGUCUAGAGAUGCAGCUUGAGACCCUUUCACUCCCUAAUGGAAUCCUCCAGUCUUCAACCUUUAGUCCGAUCUUUAAGAAUAUAUGGGCAGAUAAUGCGGAUGAUAUUAGCAAGCAAUACUCUGGUACUGGAGCGUUGAAGAGUGACUUUACAAGGACUGGCAAGGUCAGCAUCAAGGGCAUGUUGAAGGAUGGCCAGAACAGCAUUAGUAGAUACUAUAAGAACAACUUUAACGAUGGAUUCAGACAGGAUGCUUACAACCUGUUCACAGGAGUCUACGUGAUCGAUCAUGAUGCAGCAACAUCCGAAAAGUCACUGCGCAGACCCAAUCACAAGACGCAUAUAUUAUAUAUCCUAUCACUAAUGAUUGCACUGGCCGCAUGGAUACAUUAUAGCUACAUACCAGCAUCUACAUCAUUUGUUGGUGGCUUUAUAACAUUCAUCAUCUAUUGGAUUGGCGCCAUCAUACUCAUUGGAUACCUACUCAAGCAGUGCAACAAUUUAUUGAUCGACUGGCCGUGUCUAGUUCCGCUG